CCUCAUGCUCGUUGACUGCUCUCUCUCUCUCUCUCUCUCUCUCUCUCUCUUGUGUUAUAGUUAUUCGAAGUCUUAACACAAAGAGAUAAAGCUUGUGUUUUCUAUUAAGUUUCUCGUUUUGUUAUCUGCUAGUCUCCCUUGUGGGCAUGCUUUACUUUCUGUGAUAAAGAUUACCCCUUUUUUUUUCCUGGGUUGUUUUCUGCUUUGGAUAUAGAAGCUACGCAACUUGUUUUUAGCGUAUCUAUGUGGGCUGAAGACCGAGGAGGGAGCUUGUGAACAUAGCUCCACUUUCUGUGUCACUUGAUAUGAGAUAAUUCCUCUUGAAUGGGUACUGAUGCCGCUGAAGGGGUGGAGACUGUGAGAAAACCCCAUUCCUUUAAGGUUCAUCGUUUGAUGUGCACGGAACUUAUGAAGUUGGUAGAUAGAAUUUCACGGAUAUUUCCAGAUAUAGAAGCAGCAAGACCUCGGUGCACAACAGGAAUACAGGCUCUAUGCUUGUUAACUCGUGCAAUUGAGAAAGCCAAGCUACUUCUCCAGCAUUGCAGCGAUUCUAGUAAACUCUACCUGGCAUUUACAGGGGAUGUGAUAGUCUCAAGAUGUCAAAGAUCAAGGAAAUUGUUGGAGCAAAAUUUACAUGAAAUUCAGAAUUGGGUUCCAGUGAUGUUAGUAGCGGAGAUCUCUCAAAUAGUCGAUGAUCUUAAAGGUGCAACCUUUAUACUGGACCCAUCUGAAGAAGAGGCUGGGAGGGUUGUCCGAGGAUUGCUCCAUCAAGAUGCUUCUCAAUCAAACUCAAGGGAGGAUUCUGAAAUCAAGGCUCUUCAAAUUGCAUCUUGGAGGCUUCAUAUUACAUCAUCAAAGGCAAUGUUGAUAGAGAAAAGAUCUAUUAAGAAGUUGCUAGAUAAAGUUGGUGAUAGUGACCUUCGAAAAAAGCAGAUUUUGACAUAUUUCUUGUGUCUAAUCAAGAAGUAUGGACACUUAAUAAUGGGGAAGCAAGCAGAGGGGGCCUCUAUGUGGCAACAAGGAUCCUUGGCAUCUGAGACUUCUGGCAAUGGUUUGGAAUAUAAUCAAUAUGCUGAAGCUGAACCUCAUGUUAAAUAUAAUCAAUAUAAUCGAAGUGACAUGUUGCAUAGAACUGUACCACCUGAGGAAUUUUUAUGCGGAAUAUCUUCCAGAUUGAUGUAUGAUCCUGUUGUUAUUGCUUCUGGACAAACAUACGAAAAGAAGUGGAUACAGAAGUGGUUUGAUGAGGGUCAUGAUACAUGCCCAAAAACUCAUAUGAAGCUCACCCACCUGUCAUUUACUCCAAACGUUGCCAUGAAGGAGUUAAUAUCAAGGUGGUGUACAGAGUAUGGAGUCACCAUUCCCGACCCAAGUAUGCAACCAGAAACCCUCUCAUGGGAAACCUCCUCCACUUCCAUUGCUAGUUUGGGCAGUUCUAUGAAUGAUAUACAUCUGCAAAUGGAUCUCAGCAAUGUAUCAUUUGGAUCCUUAGAUACUAAUUACAAUUCAGAUUCUUCACGCACAAAGAUAGAAAGUGGCUUGAGUUUGGUGCAGGAGUAUGACGAUUCUCUGCAAUACCAGAAUGCUAAAAAUUGUGAGACAGAUUCGGAAUUUCUAUCUAAACUUGGUGAGCUCCAAUGGGAAUCCCAAUGCAAGGUUGUUGAAGAUGUCAAAAGCCAUUUGAAAUGCAAUCCUCAAGCUUCUUACUCCAUGUCAUCUAAGAAUUUUGUUGAACCUCUCAUCAAAUUUUUGAGGGAUGCCCAUGACCUGGAUGAUGUAAAAGCUCAGAGAGAGGGAUUUAAAUUAUUGUUCACCUUUGUGAGCAAAAACAGAAAUGAUAUAACGUACUUACGUGAAGAGGCAUAUACUCUGCUGGCAUCUUAUCUUGAUUCAGAGGUCAUAGAAGAAGUUCUUGCCAUAUUGGAAAUUGUGUCUGUCCAACAGCAUUGCAGGUCUAAGAUCUCAGAGUCUGGUGCACUUUCAUCCAUUCUAAAACUCCUUGAUUCCCAGAUCAAAGAUAUACAAGGAAAAGCCAUUAAGGUUUUGUAUAAUUUGUCCUUAAACAGAGACAUUUGUCCAAAAAUUGUAUCUUUGGAGUGCAUCCCAAAACUGGUUUCUUUCUUUAAAGAUGACGCUCUUGCGGGAAACUGCAUUUCCAUAUUGAAAAAUUUGUGUGAUACUGAAGAGGCCAGGAUUUCCAUUGCUGAAACUAGCGGAUGCAUUGCUUCUAUUGCUGAAAUACUUGAGACAGGCAGUAGUGAGGACCAAGAGCAUGCCGUUGCUAUCCUCCUUUCUUUAUGCUCUCAGCGUGUUGAAUUUUGUCACUUGGUCAUGCAUGAGGGUGUUAUCCCUCCUCUUGUCUUUUUAUCUAACAAUGGGAAAGAGAGAGCAAUGAUAAGUGCAUUGGAAGUGCUACGGCUCUUAAGAGAUAUCGAUUACGUUGAUGAGCAAGAAUGCUCUGGAUCUGACCUUGAUGCAUCUAAAGACAAUGACAAUCACUCUGCUGGAAAGAAGUUGUCAAAGCCGUCAGGAUUCUUUGGAAGGACAAUGUUCAAGUUCUCAAAACCCAGUUCGCUUGCACCGAAAAAGAAGAAAUGAAGCCAAUGUCUGGUAAGGUUCAUUGCUUCUAGCUCGGAGAGCUUUGUGGUCUUAAAGCUGAGUUAAGGUAUCAUCAUGUCAUAUGUAAAUAUAGUAGGAAGUUGAUUGGUUUUUGCGGUCAUACUAAUUUCAACAUAGUUUUUAUCAGGUUUUUAGAAUUCAGCUAAGAUUAAGAUUGUGAGCUUUUAAUCUUCAUUCAUAGUGUAUCUUCCACCCUUUUGCAGCUGUAUAUUCCAUAAAAAUGAUAGAAUGAUGUUAUUUGAUGUGCUUCUGAAAAUUGAAUCCCCUUUCUCAUU